GGGUUGUGGGUUAAGGUACUUUUACUAAUAAAGCCACUUUCUACAGCUUAAAUGUUCUUGAACAAGUUGAUUUAAUGUCAAGCUAGUCAUUAAACCAAUAUUUUCAUACGACUAGAAAAGUUUCCAUUGGCGCCAAGUCCAAGGCUGUUAUUGUUGUCGCUGAUGGAGAAUUGAUUUGUUGCAGCUUUGAUAUGAUUUGUGUGGCACAGCUUGCACCAAGAUGAGACAUGGAUUUGCAGAAUGCAGCCUAGCUUACAUCUCAGUCAACUAACUUAAGGUUGAACGCUACAAUUUGUCCAAUAAAACUCCACACAAGUGGUUUAUUUUUGGAGAAGCCACUAAUUACCUCUUUUUAAGAUGUCACCGAGUAAUGAUGUCAUUUAAAUUUGACCUCUUGGAGUUAUGAUGAUGAUGAUGACACUGGACAUUUUUAGCUGGUGAUUUGUCACUUUGUAAACUUGAACUCCUGACCUAAAGCUGUAAUGGAACCUGGAGAGAAUGACAUAUGUGACAUACUGAGAGUUUCUGGCUUGUCAUAUCCUAAAGUAAAUCUGUAGAUAAGUUUAGCUGCUCUGUACUGUUUGUUUUGAGAAAUGUAGGCAACAUAAGUGUACUAAGCAGUGUUCUGUGUGGGUAGUCUUCAGGCACUGGCUGUUAUCUGUAACAACGUGUUUAACAGAUAGACUGUCGUGUUCGCUGCACAUCCUUGACAUACAGGGUCGCCCCAUCCGUUGAGUGAUGGUGGUGUUUUAUCUGUGAGGUGAUGAGAAUGUGGCCUUGUCUUGAUGGGGCUAUAAAGGGGCAGAAGCAGCCAGCUCUUCUUCAGAUUCCACAUUUCACGUGUAGCCACUCAUUCAUCUGUUAAGAAAAGUUUUAAAAUGUUGCCUGCAACGUUCAAACUGUGUGCUGGCAUUUCCUACAGGCACACGAGAAACAUGACAGGUCUGAGAAAGAAUGCAAUGAUUGCAAUCCAUCAUGAGCUGAACAAGCUUUCCGGACCUGGACCUAGUGUCUGGAUCAACCACAUCCGGAGAAGGAGCUCCCUACUCAGCAGUCGGAUUGCAGAGGAGAUGUACAGUGAAGCCGAGCAGUGCUAUGUGCAGCAGGGACAGGAAGCUCUGCAGAAGUCCAUCAGCAUCCUCAGUGACCAGGAUGGCUGGCAAACUGAGAUCGAGAGUGCCAAUGGUGAUAAGGUGAUGAGUAAAGUUCUACCAGGCAUUGGGAAAGUAUUUAAGUUGGAAGUGAUGCUGGAACAGAAGACAGAUUAUCUAUAUGAGGAGCUGGUGGAUAACAUGGAACAAAUGGGGGAGUGGAACCCCAAUGUCAAACAAGUCAAAGUUCUUCAGAAGAUCGGUGAGGAUACUAUGAUCACACAUGAGGUUUCAGCUGAAACAGCUGGGAAUGUGGUGGGCCCACGAGACUUUGUAAGUGUCCGUUGUGCCAAGCGGAGGGGAUCUACGUGCUUCCUGGCAGGGAUGUCCACUCAGCACCCUGGAAUGCCUGAGCAGAAAGGAUUUGUAAGGGCUGAGAAUGGACCCACCUGUAUUGUGAUGCGACCGAGUGGAGAAGAUCCCAAUAAGACCAAAUUUACCUGGUUGCUCAGUUUAGACCUUAAGGGUUGGAUCCCAAAAACUGUGAUCAACCGAGUACUUUCGCAAACCCAGGUGGAUUUUGCAAACCAUCUCAGGCAAAGAAUGGCAUCAAAUGGUGGUUUGGAAGCAGCCGUUGCCUGCUGAUGUCCACAUUUAUACCCUUAAAACACAGAUGACAUUACAAGGGUGACUUUUUUCAGGGCCAAGCUCAUCCCACCCAAAACGGUCACACCCAUUUCAGCCUACACUUGUAAACAUGUCCCACAGAUAGAAGUUACAUUGUCCAUCAAAGCAAUAUGCUGCUCAAUGUUCAAGCCACGUAACUUAAAAUGUUUUUUACAUGCACAAACUAUAAUAACUAAAAAUGGAUGCUCGAAGUUACUAAUUUAUUGCAGUAGAGAUUUAGUAAGUUUCGAUUUCAACCUAAUGAUAAAUUCAGUCCGCUUCCUCUGUCACCCCGAUUUUGUGGCUUGAACUUCCUUUUAUUAACUCGUAUACUUCUGCAGAACACCACUGACUAUUAUUAUUGGGCUUUUUAGUUCCUAUUUUAACAAUGUUUGUAGAAAAAAAAACAAAAAAAACGGAGGCAUUUAUUUUAAGUUAAUAUUAUUAUUGCAUCACUCUGGAAAAAGAUGUCUGCCAAAUAAAUAUUCAUUAAAACUAUUAAAAUGACAAAAUACAGUAUCAGUCU